UCACUUCCGGCAAUAUACAGUCACGGGUAGGAACUUGACUAGCAAGAUAGCUGUUCGAAUGAAUUAACACAUAGGUGGCUAUCUACUUUUGCACAGGAAAACUUUAAAUUCUGAAGGUACUGCACCAUCAGAUAUGCCAAUGAGUUUGAAAAGACGAAGAGCCACCUCACCCUCAAGUAGUGCGAGCGGAGGGGACUUUGACGAUGCUGCCUCUUCCACUCUUGGAAGUGGGCGAAAGAGAAGGAGAGCCUCAAACGUUCCUACUGUUGACCCCAUUGCUGUGUGCCAUGAGUUGUACAACACUGUUCGGGACCACAAGGACGACCAGGGGAGGCUGCUUUGUGAGCUGUUCAUCAGGGUUCCAAAGAGAAGGAACCAGCCAGACUACUAUGACGUGGUGUCCCAGCCCAUAGACAUGACUAAGAUCCAGCAAAAGCUCAAGUCAGAAGACUACCAAGAUGUGGAGCAGCUCACUGCUGACUUCCAGCUCAUGUUCAACAAUGCGAAGAACUACUAUAAGGCUGACAGUGAGGAGUACCAGGCAGCCUGCAGGCUGUGGGAACUUUACAUCCACACCAGGAAUGAGUUUGUGCAGCCAGGCUAUGAUGAUGACGAUGACGACGAUGGUGAAGAUAUGCUAGAUAAUCCCGCUCUCUCCACUGAAGACGAGACGCCGCCGAGCUGCCUGAAGGAGGUUUUAGAGCAGCUGUUGGAUGCUGUGGUUUCAUACACAGACCCAUCUGGACGGGUCAUCAGUGAGCUCUUCCAGAAGCUGCCUUCCAAAAUGCAUUACCCAGACUACUAUGCCGUUAUCAAGGAGCCCAUUGAUCUUCGAGCCAUCGCUCAGAGAAUACAGAUUGGAUACUACAAAAGUGUCUCUGCUAUGGCUAAGGAUAUUGACCUUCUGGCGAAAAAUGCUAAAACGUACAAUGAACCAGGAUCUCAGGUUUUUAAGGAUGCUAACACCAUCAAGAAGGUGUUCAUCCAGAGGAAGACUGAGAUAGACCACGCUGAGCCCACCAAGACCAGUGUCCGCAUCAGGAACCGCAGGUCAGCCCAGGGAGACCGUCUGUCGGCCAUCACUCUGGCUCUGCAGUAUGGCUCAGAGAGUGAAGAGGACGCCCUGCUCUCAGGCUCCGUGCUUUACGACGAGGGGGAGUCCGAGGCGGAGUGCCUGAACUCCAGUAUGGACAUGGGUAACCCGGUGUUUCAGCUGUACGAGGCUGUGAGAGGGGGCCGGAACAGCCAGGGACAGCUCCUCUCUGAACCCUUCCUCCAGCUGCCCUCUAGGAAAGAAUACCCCGACUACUACCAGCAGAUCAAACAGCCCAUCUCCCUGCAGCAGAUCAGGGAGAAGAUGAAGAACAGGGAGUAUGAGAGCGUGGAGCAGAUGGACGCUGACCUCACUCUGAUGUUUGAGAACGCUAAGCGCUACAAUGUGCCCAACUCUGCCAUCUUCAAACGGGCCCUGCGUCUGCAGCAGAUCCUGCUGCUGAAGAAGAGGGAGCUGUUGAGAAGAGGUGAUGAUGAGGAUCAGGACAGCAUUCUCAGCUCUGACACCGGAACCGGACCAAUCACCAAAAGAAAAAGCCAUAAGAAGAAUGUGAAGAAGAACCGAAUGAAGGCCCUGUAUGCUGCAGUGACCGAAGCAAGAGAGGCAGGGACCAACCGCAGGCUGUGUGAUCUGUUCAUGGUCAAGCCCUCCAAGAAGGACUACCCAGACUACUACAAGGUGAUCUUGGAGCCCAUGGACCUUAAGACUAUUGAGCACAACAUCCGCUCCGAGCGCUAUGCCACUGAGGAGGCCCUGAUGGAUGACAUGAGGCUGAUGUUCCGCAAUGCACGCCACUACAACGAGGAGGGAUCUCAGGUCUAUAACGAUGCUGACAUCCUGGAGAAGAUCGUGAAGGACAAGAGGAAGGAGUUAGGAGCUUCUCCUGAAGAGAACACUGACAACGUGGGAUCUCCUAAGAUUAAACUAAGGAAGAGUGGCCUGUCACCUAAGAAGCCCAAUAAGUACCUGACCCCGUUGCAGCAGCGGCUCAACGAGCUGUACGAUGCCGUGAGGAACUACACUGACGCCAAGGGCCGACGUAUCUCCACCAUCUUCCUGAGGCUGCCGUCCCGCUCCGAGCUGCCGGACUACUACGCCACCAUUAAGAGGCCCAUCGACAUGGAGCGUCUGCGCAGCCACAUGGCGAGCGGCCGUUAUCAGGACGUGGACGCUCUGGUGGAAGAUUUUGCCCUGAUGUUCAACAACGCCUGUACCUACAACGAGCCGGAGUCCCUGAUCUACCGUGACGCUCUGCUCCUCCACCGGGUGCUCCUGGAGACGCGCAGGCAGCAGGAGGGUGGGGAGGAGGGCAGUGCGGCCUAUGCUGUUGGGCCCCUGGUCAGAGAGCUGAUCAGGAACCUGUUUGUGUCUGUGCUGGGACACCAGGACGAGGAGGGGAGGUGUUACAGCGACUCAUUGGCUGAGAUCCCUGCCCAGGACCCGAACAGCCCAGAGAAGCCUCCGCUCAACUUUGACGUGAUCCGGGCCAAUGUGGACCGAGGACGCUACCGCAGGCUGGACGUGUUCCAGGAGCACAUGUUUGAGGUUCUGGAGAAGGCCAGACGCUUACACAGGACGGACUCUGAGAUCUUUGAGGAUGCGGUGGAGCUGCAGCAAUUCUUCAUAAAGAUUCGAGACGAGCUGUGUAAGAACGGAGAGAUCCUCCUGUCCCCGGCGCUCAGCUACACCUCCAAACACCUGCACAGUGAUGUCGAGCAGGAGAAGAGAGAGAAAAUACCAAAAGAGAUUGAGGAGGACAAAAUGAAGAGGGAGGAGGAGAACAAAGAGGGUGACAAGGCUGAGGACCUAGCUGGAGGAGGAGCCUGGCCACUGGGGCCAGAGAGGACAUACAGACAGGAUUGCAGCUUUGAGAACAGGACCUACCACGUGGGAGACUUUGUCUACGUGCAGCCAACUGAGGCCAACCGCAAGCCUCACAUCGUCUGCAUCGAGCGCCUGUGGGAGGACGAAACGGGUGACAAGUGGCUGUAUGGCUGCUGGUUCUAUAGGCCCAGUGAGACUUUCCAUUUGGCCACGCGGAAAUUCCUCCAGCAGGAGGUCUUCAAGAGUGACUACUUCAACAAAGUACCAGUCAGCAAGAUACUGGGAAAAUGCAUGGUGAUGUUUGUCAAGGAUUACUUCAAGCUGCAGCCCGAGGUGCUCCGACCGGAAGAUGUGUACGUUUGUGAGUCCCGUUACUCUGCCAGGAACAAGGCCUUUAAGAAGAUAAAGAUGUGGGCCGUGCCGGCCGCGGUGAGGCUGGUCCCUCGGGAUGUGCCCUUGCCUGUUGUCAGGGUGGCCUCCAUGUACGCCAAACGGGAUCAGGAGAAACCGCCGUCUGUGGCCGAUAACGGGGGCCUCAGCGUCGUCGACAAGGAGCGUGAGGACGUGCCCGUGGAGAUGACCGGAGGCGAGCCGGGCUGUCAGUACUAUGACCAGCUCCACUACAACAACAUGUGGGUGAAGGUGGGAGACUGCGUAUACGUCCAGUCACAUGGGCUCAGCAAACCGCACAUCGGCAGGAUAGAGAAGCUGUGGGUGCGUGACCGAUCAGUGUUCUUUUUCGGGCCCAUCUUCAUCCACCCCGAAGAGACAGAACACGAGCCCACCAAGAUGUUCUACAAGAGGGAGGUGUUCCUCAGCCAUCUGGAGGAGACAUUUCCCAUGACCUGUGUCAAAGGGAAGUGUGUGGUGUCCUCCUUCAAGGACUACCUGUCUUGUCGGCCCACUGAGGUGCCUGAGGAAGACGUGUUCCUGUGCGAGAGCCGCUACAUCGAGAGCGAGAAGCAGAUGAAAAAGUUUAAAGGCCUGAAGCGCUUCUCCCUCCAUGCUAAGGUGGUGGACGAUGAGGUCUACUACUUCAGGAAGUUGAUAGUGCCCCAGAAGGAGCCGUCACCUCUGCUGGAUAAGAAGAUUGAGGCGCUGGAGCUGAAGCUGGCAGACAUGGAUGAGGGAGAUGAGGAUCUGGAUGAUCUGGAGGAUGAGGACGAGGCUCCAGAGACUCCCUCCAUGCCCACUAUUCAGACUCCUCUGGCAAGCAAUUUGGACAUCAUGCCUUAUACCCCUCUUCAGUCCACUCCCAAGGUGAAGGGUGUCUCUAAGAAAGAAGGAUCCAAGAGAAAGAUUAACAUGAGCGGCUACAUCCUGUUCAGCAGUGAGAUGCGUUCAGUCAUCAAGACCCGUCACCCUGACUUCUCCUUUGGGGAGCUGAGCCGUCUGGUGGGCACUGAGUGGAGGAACCUGGAGGGGCCAAAGAAAGUGGAGUAUGAAGAGCGGGCAGCCAAGGUGGUGGAGCAGCAGGAGAGGGAGAGGGCAGCCCAGCAGCAAGCUUCUCCUAGAGCAGGUACCCCCGUAGGGGCCAUGAUGGGGGUGGUGCCUUCGCCUAGCCACAUGGGAAUGACCCCUGGUCCAGGCAUGAUGGGCUACGGUCCCACCUACGGUAUGCCCAUGCAGGGCCCCUAUGAGGGCUUGCUGGGUAUGGGCCCAAUGCCACCUCACCAUAUGGGCCCGAUGCCCCCCCAACACUUCCAGCCAGGUAUGCCCGGGUACCAUCCUGGCAUGCCCCACACGGGUAUGAUGGGUCCUGGUAUGAAUGGCAUGCAAGGAAGUCCCGGAGGCCACCACUACAUGCAACAGUCUGGGAUGUUCAGCCCAGGACAGCAGGCCCCUCCACCCUACCCAGGUGUGGGCCAGCUAGGGCAGCCAUCCCACCUCCAGCCCAUGACUCCCAUGUUUGUGGCUCCACCUCCCAAGACCCAAAGAGUGCUGCACUCCGAGGCCUACCUCAAGUACAUUGAGGGCCUGAACGCCGAGACCAACACCGUCAGCAAGUGGGACCAAUCUCUCAAAGCACGCAGGAGAGAUGUCCACCUGUCCAAAGAGCAGGAGAGCAAGCUCCCUUCCCAUUGGCUGAAGAGCAAGGGAGCCCACAAGACGAUGGCAGACGCGCUGUGGCGCCUCCGGGACCUGAUGCUUCGAGACUCACUGAACAUACGUCAGACAUACAAUCUGUAGAAAGUUGAAACCUGAACCGUCUGCCCAUCUUCCUGGUUGACCUUAAUGCAGACAAGAUCACACAUUGCCUGGAUAUGUGUUUAACAUUGAAGCUAACUGCGUGAGAUGAUAUGAGACGCAACCAAACGCAACGUCUGCAACGUAGUUGACAUGGAACACAACCACUGUCUCAUGCUACAUUCAUAACCGAGGGGGAAGUCGGUCUUUACCAGUUGUAAAUACUAGUUGGAGGCAUAACAUGCAUAAGAAUGGUGAGCUAAUAGAAAUUGCAAGCGACAGCUGUUCAUUAACUGCACAAUCAAUUGCUUUAACUUUGAUAGCAGCACAUGGUCCGCGGUAGACAGUAUUAUUAGUCGGGGGAUAGUUGUGAUGGCAUGAGCAUGACGCUAAGGAAGGUUAUUAAAUCCGGUUGUGGCAUGCCACCACCUCGCCGAAUCAUAACAUGGAUGUCAGUGUUUGUGUACACGUCAUUCUACAUCCCAACCACAGCAUCAUGCUUUUCAGUUUCGAGGCGGAUUAGCAAGAAAAAUAGAUGUGCGCCCAAUUGUUGACACUGGAU